AUGGAGCAGGGUCUUUUGAACGAAUGCACGACGCCCACGCCACGUGGCUCACAAUGGCUGGAAACGCACAGUAACCACAGAUGUCUCUGCAAACGCACGACUUGCAGAGUCGUCCUUCUAGGAGACUCGACCAUCUCCAAUUUGUCGAAAUCGGAGAUGUGGCCAAAAUUCGAAAAGCUGAAUUGUCUAAAUCUGGGCAUCGGUGGUGAUAAAAUCGAGAAUGUUUUGUACAGGAUUAAAAAUGGUGCCCUGGACGAAGGGAAUUUCCAAAUUGUGGUUUUGUUGGCUGGAACCAACAAUAAUGGUGUAGAUGCUGGUGUGAUGUUUCAAGGAAUUUUGGAGUGUGUUAAUUGUAUACAUGAAGCUGUUCCUGAUGUUGAUGUUAUUUUACCAACGCUUUUGCCUCGUGGAAAGUACGACAAUGCAAAACGUCGCAUUUUGAAACAAGUUAGCGAAUUAAUUCGAAAAUUGAGGGACGAAGAAUUUGCAAUGCUGAAGGUUAUGAAGCCUGAAAGAGUGCAUGUGGUGGAGAUAGACAAAGAUGUGGUUCGAAAUGGACGAAUUUCCCAAAACUUAAUGUACGACUUCGUACAUUUGACGGAUGCUGGAUAUUUUUUAUGUUUCAGUCCGAUUUUGGAUAAAAUCGUCGAACUUUUAUCGUAA